GUCACUCGAUCUUUCAUGUGGCUCGCGAACAAGUGGGACUCCCAGAAAUCCGCGGUAUAUCCUGACGCAGGUCUUGCGGUAUGUUCGAAUAAUUGGUCCAGUGCUUCGUGGGCCCAGCACUCGGGAUGUCGGUAUGUAGCGCCGCGCGCGAUGCAGUCUACGACCUUCGAUACCAAGAGCAAGGAACCUCCAAGCUAUUCUAUCCCGUUGACAGGCUACGAGGCUAUUUCACAUACGACAAAGUGAGAGAGAUCCUAGCUUGUACCUGUUCAUCAUGCCGAGAAGAUUUGCGGAUGUUUGACAACGGGACUGAGCCGACAGCUUAUGUGGAACGCAUCAGGGGUGAUCCGGACUCCAGUGACUUCAGGAAGAAUUUCUACAGCGUUUUUGGCCUUCUCGUUCACAUUCAACAUCCACUCUUUGUCUUCGGCUUUGUGGAUCACAACUGCGACGAUCUUUUCCUGGAGCGUUGGACAGCCAUUCCAUUAUUCAUACACAACGAGCUUCAGCUGUACACAGGCGACUUGAGUCAGGACUCCCAGAAGUAUGAACGAUUCGCAAAACGCUUCCUCGAAAGUGUUUUUCAAUUCUCCUUGCCGCAUCUCGAGAUAAACGGUUUCUCAAGCUACAAUGAGAGAACGGUCUUGCCUUUCAAGGAAGAAGUGAAAAUUGUGGGAGGAACGGCCACGGACGAACAUCCGGAUUCGCAAAGCGGGAGGGUGUUCGUUUUCAAAAUCUAUCACGAGUACAAUUUUCCGCGUUAUCACUCAGACACAGAAUAUGUACGAAAAUGUAUAUCAACGCCGACACCACGAGCUUUUCUUAAGCGCUCCAACAUCCAAUACGUGCAGCAGUUAGAGGAUAAGCAUAUCGUAAAGCUUAUCAAGGCGUAUGGACAUGGACACAGCAUUAACUUUGUAAUGCCUAGAGCAUGGACAAACCUCGACCAUCUACUUCGCGACUGGGAAUUUAAAUAUGAUAGCAAGAGGGGCACGCGACUGGAGGAAGCUGAUGCUUGGACUCAGCUACUCGGCAUAGCCAGCGCCCUGGAAAAAAUGCACGGAUUUGGCGACCAUGUAAAAAUCCACGCAAAAGGCAGCAUUGAAAGCUCCAUAUGUGCCCAUUGGAAUCUGAAGCCAGAAAACAUACUCGUCGAUUGGGAUGGCAAUUGGCUAAUCACAGACUUCGGUCAAGCUAUCCUUACCGAAAAUCGACAAUCUGAAGCGCACAUUGUAGGUCUUCACCUCAGCACUGAUGCGUAUGCCCCGCCGGAGAUAGAAGAUCCAAGUAUUGCUCUCGGUCGGGCUUACGAUAUCUGGUCCCUCGGAUGCAUAAUGCUGGAAGUAGUCAGCUUUUUGAUCUUUGGCCAUGCUGGCUUGAAUGGCACCAGCACAUUUAGAGGCCUAGACGAAUCACGCAAAUCGAAGCCAGCAUUGUCUGAAAUUGUCGACGAACGAUUUUGGUACCAAGAGUCGCCGAACGGAGAUUAUGUCGUAAAGGAAAAGGUUCAAGCGUUCAAAGCUAGCCUACAUGAGCGUUACGUUCUUAGCUACGGUGUUACUUCCAAGCUGUUGUCAACAACAAUUGGCUUGAUCGAUGACAUGCUGCGCCCAAUGGCGAGGGAUAGAACGGACAUCUCGAGGGUGGUGGACAGUCUCUCCAGCGCUCUGGCGCGAGCGAGGACGCAGUACACUGUGGAGGUCGCACCAGACGAGGUCAUCCUUGGCGGAAAGAAGGUGAACGAAAUCAAGUUGUGGCAUAAUUCAGCGACGAACAGCAUCAUAAGACAUUCAACCCUCGAGAUCCUGCAAAGUGAUGCAGGUUGCAUACGCCUCCAUUGCUGGGCCCAAGACCAUGAACUCCCUGGUGUCAUUUUCCGCCGAAAUGAUGCGAAGAUCGUACCGAUGUAUGCUUUCUGCGACCGAGAGAAGCUCGUAAAGUUGAAAGCUUGGAUCGAACUUCUAAUUCUGAGUUCUAAGGGCUGUAGAAAGAUUCCCAGUGCGAGAUACUCUUUCGAUGGAAAUUCUCGUCUUAGUGAAGCGCAGCUCAUCCAGUCUGUUGUGACCUCACAGAGCAUCGUGGAGAGUUUCGACUUGGAAAGUUUUAAACUUCACAAACCGGUGUCGCUUGGUCAGGCACUAAAGACGUGGUUUCGGCGAAAAGACAAAGACGCGAACCAUGCAGUCAAGAGCAACGAGUUACAAUCUGACUUCGGCCCCGCAACUGUUCAGCUAUGGAUUGAACAGUCCCCUCCUCCACCAAGGGCAAUCAAUAGUUCAAUCUCGUUGGCAUCUAGGUCUGGACGCCUGACGAGAGCGGAUUCCCCGGCUGUUCCGCCAUGCCGGGUGGCUAUAUAUCUCCACGAACUGCGCUUUAUAUGCACAAUCAAGCUGGAUCUGAAUUGGGUAAUAGAGGAGAGUAAGUCAGACAACAGAGUACUUUCUUUCAUCCCGCGUCCAGCAGGGCGCAACCAACCAUUUUACGCCUCAUGGCUGCGACCGACACCCGAUGAACUGAACGACGAAGAGCAAUACCCUGCAGGAAUUCCGCUAGACCCCGGGGUGCUUCAUGCGUAUGAGGAUCGCGAUUCUAUUGAGGUUGAGAAUCUUACAUUAACCUUCUUGUGCAACAAUGAUCGUGACGCAUUCAAAUGGAAGUACCUCGAAACAAGAAAGGCUUGGGAUCUCAGGCGCCAGGAGGUCAACGAUACAGUCGAGGUGAACAGAGCCCCAAGCAGCCGCCAACAGCUUCUUAUGGGUGUUGCAAACCUCCCAGUUCCAGCUAUACGGAUGCCAUUCUCCGUGAACACGAUCAUGGACAUAGAUUUGGUGGCCCCGAUCAGUACGAGCACCUCUGGAAGUACACACACCCUCGCAGCGGAGGACGCAUCCCCGCAAAUUACGGACUCCCCCGUUGCCAUGCCACAGCAAAGAGACUAUGAAGAGAAACGACUUGAUUCAUUAUUCAAAGAAGAAAUUUCGCUAUCUGACGCGGGAGAUUCCAUGCACAUCAUCCGCCGGAAGGCUCGAUUCAUCAGAAAACGUGUGCUACCAGAACCGAAAAUUGAGGAAGCCAAAUUUGAUCGCGAGCCAGCAACCUCUGCCCCAGAAACCGAAGUGGUUGCAAAGAGACCACAGCUUUGCAAUGGUAGUGAACCUCUCCAACCACUUCAAAUUCCAGCUGCAGAGGAGGUUGAUCAUCCUGAUAAAGAGAGGAACGUCAGUUCUGCCCUGCGAGAUCCAGAGGUGGCUAAGCGCUUGGCAUCCGAUGACGGUAUGAAUUCACAGAUACCACUUCUGCAAAACUCGGAAUCUGCUAGUCCGCUUCUUCACGUUCACUCGCCGUCCGAACAAGAUGAUUGUGCGAUGACACUGGACGUAAGUGAAGACGGCACCAAAGAGUCAUUGACCCUCAUUGAAGACAGUACGAAGGAGGCUUCGACCCUUGUGGAGGAUGGUGUCGAGACAAUUUACUCCCUAGAUGGUUUGAACACUGGUCCCAAAUCGCAGCGUAUCCAGACUUUCGUGUCACAGUUGACUCAGGACGUUACCCAAGACUUCUCUAGUUACGUGAAAGAUAUCGAGCCUUCUAACCUAGUGGAUAUUGUAAGGACAUUUGCAAGGCGACUUUACGAAGAAUCUACAGAUCCCUUUCAAUGGGAGACAAGUGUUGUGCUGCACCAAAAGCAGUGGGAAAUUGUUCGCCUACUAGCAUCGAUUGACAUCCCCUCUACCAACGAGGUUGUGCUUGAACACGAGGAAGAAGAGGAGGAGGAUCAUCCUGACGAGAACCGCACGCCUUUUCAAAAAUCUUCGUUGGACAUUCAGUCAUGGGUGGUGGAGGUGCAUGACGGUUCAGAACCUGCGCCGGAGACGAAUCCCGGAUCAGCCAUACAGUCUGAACCUCAAAAGAAUGAUCCCAGUGAUGCCAAUAUUUUCGACGAAGCCAUGAGCAUACUGGAAGCAGAAAAAAAGGACUUACAGCAGUCUGUCGCCUACAAGGAGUUUGUUAGUCGGUCCGAUGCUUAUAGAUGGCUGGUAGCGAGCUUGCAUCAGUCUCCUGGGCAACUCUCUGGGGAUAUUGAGUCGAUGGUAGCAAUUAGGGCCUAUGUCCGUGAUCAGUUGAGACAGCAGCAACCAUUGCGAACACUGAGUCGACAGAGGCCCCCAGCAAUGGUCAACUUAACGGUGAAGCUGGAAUGGAACCCAAUCCAGAUCGCGUUGUCUUACGGUUUCAAGUACCCAUUUUGGGGCAUAUUAGACAAUUUGUAUUGUAUGACUGGCUCAGAGACCGAGGCUCAAGUCACUACGAUCAUGGAGUAUAUGACACAAAUGUGGCCAUCUACCGGUACUUCUCUGAUCGCCCUGAUGCGGGAGCUUGUAUCCAAGCCUGAAGGCGAUGUCUGCUUCUUCUAAUCUUCGAAGCCGGUAAAAGCCAGACUGACCGCUGUCCUUCAUCAGCCGAGUCAAUGUCUGGUCACUAUAACUGGUGGUCCCUAUCUAGUCUCUGAGUUUGUUGAGCAGCUUGGAUGGCUGUAUUCAGCUAUACAAAUGGCACCUGUCAGUAAGGGCACCGUAGCAUGCAUUCCAAAGGUCGGAGACUUCACCACACUCCCCUCUACCAAGAUAGUGUCCGGAGUC